UGGGCAGAAUCCCUCAUGACUCUGCUGUGUUGGAGUUAGUCGACACAGCAUUCCUCAGCAUUCCAGAGAACAGUCUGACAAAGAUGGAAAAAAGACUCAACACCAGAAAGGUUGCUGAGCGUUACAAGACAGGACAACAUCUGAAUAUAGAAGAACUGAAGGAGAACUGUCGACAUCUGGACAACAGAUACCUCGACAAAGACAACAUCCCGGACUACCCCCGCCCAGAGUUCCAUGUGUCUCAUCUGAAACACGACACAGCAUCUUCUGGACUGGAAGGUAUCUACCGGGACGGUGGUUUUCGGGGCAACGACUCCCUCCUCUGGUGGAGUCUGGCCGUGAAGCCUGAAGACAUAACAGCGGCCGAGGCCAGGUUCCUGGAGAAAACCUUCCCAGAUCGCACGGAGGAGCAGGUGAAGAAUCAAGAAAGUUUCCUGGGGAGGUUCGCCACCUCGCCGGCCUUUUCAGAGAAAUCCAGGAUGGGUUCGUACCGGUUCACCUUGUCUUUGGAGCAGAUUCUGGAGGCCUACAGUCAACAGUUUUGCGCCGGGGCUCAGCCGGUCCUGCAGGUGUACGAAACCGUCCUGUAUAAACAGGAAGUGAUGUACGUUGUGCUGGUGGGCACCAAAGCAGAUCCGAGGUACCCCUCGCUGGGCAACAAUCCAAACGCCGUCUGUGCCUACGAUGACGGACGGUUCAUCUGGAGAUCGCAGGCCAUGUGUGAAACACAUCGGUUGGAGAUGAACCUGAUACCAGGUGAAAAACGGAUCAAGGUAGAACUGUGGCCCUACAAUCAUCAGUUCUACGUCUGGGAUCAUUUUGCUGUCGCCAUGCGUAUCAACCCUGGGCAGGUUCUGAAAUUUGACAGAGACGAGCUGAGAAGGAACCUCACGUACUGUGAACUAGGAGAUCUUAAACUCACGUUAGAAGAGAUGCCUGAUUUUGCAGAAGCUCAAGAACACGUUAACACUUUGUGGCCAGACGUUUCUGCACCACUGGAAAAGGAAGUGCCGUUGUUGCCUUGACACGUGACCGUUUGUUUCCGUGUUUUAUUUCAUUUAUUCUUACGUCUAUAAACAGUCUUUAUCCUGAAGGGUCAGGAGGAGGUGACGGUUUUUAAAAAAGGUUUUUAAUGUAUGUGGUCUAUAUAGACCUGCUGACGGUCAGUGGUUCAAACCCGGCUGGCCCUGUAAUCUGAAGGAAGGAGAUUGUAAUUGACAAUAUAAACAAAGACAAUAAAACAGUAAUAACAACA